CAAGUGACGUCACGCCCUCAGCACGCGCAGUUCACGCCCCGCCCCCGGUCCUCCUGAUUGGCUGUCUCCUCGCCGCCUGUCUGUGUUAUGAUUCGAAUAUAAAUGUAGAGCGGAGGUGGCGGAGUAGAGGAGGCCCGGGUGGCGGACACGGUACUGAACGUAUUGCGGUCCCGGAUAGGACCAGGCCAGGACCAUCGGCCCCGUGUAACCCUCCGCCGCUAUUCUGUAUGCUGUCCGCAAUACCUGCACACUGCUCCGCAUGCCGCGCUAUUCUGCACACCCUGGUUCCUAGCUGACGCUGUUCUGCAGUCCCUGGUUCCUAGCUGAUGCUGUUCUGCAGUCCCUGGAGGCUAGCUGACGCUGUUCUGCAGUCCCUGGAGGCUAGCUGACGCUGUUCUGCAGUCCCUGGAGGCUAGCUGACGCUAUUCUGCACACCCUGGUUCCUAGCUGACGCUGUUCUGCAGUCCCUGGAGGCUAGCUGACGCUGUUCUGCACACUGUAUCGCUAUUCUGCACGCUCUUCCCCGCCGCUUUGCACAAUGGAGAUGGAGAAGCUGCUGAGUGAGUUCAGCCCCAGCCGCCCCUCCGCAGCCCUGCCCCGGCCCUGCACUCUGCUGCCCUGCGGCCGGAGCAUGAUGUACCCGGACACCGGAGGAGUGCUGUCCCCGGUCACCAGCCUGGCCUUCACCAUGAACAGACUCACCGGCCUGGGGAGCCAGAACGAUACCCCUAAGAGAAGACGGGAGCUGACGUCCUACCAGGGCCAGAUCUCCACCCUGAUCCGCACCGCUUCCUCCGACUCCUCCGAUUCUGGCCUAUGUUUGGAUUUCCCCAGCCCCGUGGACCCGGACAUGCCCCCAGAAAUCUUUGAGAAGUCUAUUUUGGACAGCCAGGUCCUUCACAAUGACUUGAAGCCACCAAUCAGAAGACGUUCUUUGCCGGUGACACUCCUGCGUGGAAGCCCUGCCCUGAGAAGACUCUCCAGUGCAUCAGCCUUGGAUGUCACCAGUCCCACCGAGGGUCUCCCAGCCACCAAAGAUAACAAGGAGAAUGAAGUCUUCUUAUUCAAAAGGCCGUCCAUGUGUCCUGUAUCGAGGAUCCGGAUGCGUAGCGAGGAGUCCUUCAGGUCCAGGCCGAAUUCUGCUCCAGCUCUCAUGUUCUCCCCGGAGAGAGUGGAGUACGACUUAGAUUCUGAAAGCCCUGUCCGGCUACGCAAGUCUUCCUUAACCUUCUCUCUGAACGAUGAUGAUGACGAUGGCUUCAUGGAGAUCAUGGAUGACGAUGAUUUGAAGGGUGAACCAAAUCUUCCAACCGGGAUGGAAAGCCUGCUGACUGCCCCUUUAAAGAAGGAAGAGAAACAUGAUGUGGAUUUGGUUAUAAGGAGCAAAUGUCGGCGCCUCUUCCGCUCGCCUUCAAUGCCAAGCAGCCUCAUACGACCGAUUCUGAAACGCUUGGACAGACCGGACGACGAUGACCCUCCAGUGAAAUGUAAAAGACACAAGAAUGUGACGUCAGCCAGUGUGGACAAGAUGGAGCUUGAACCAGUGGAGCCCAAAAUGAAGUUGGGACGUUCCAAGUCACUUUGUGUUGAAACGGUUGAGAAGUUUCUAGACAAUGACCAAGGGGAUUUGAUUGGCGACUCCUCCAAGAAAUACCUAUUGAGGACGGUAAAUGGUCCAGACAACAGUCUCAAAUACAUCACCCCAGAAAUGAUGAAUGAAGUGCUAAAAGGAAAAUACCAGGAUCAAAUUGAGCGCUGCGUCGUCGUAGACUGCCGCUACCCAUACGAGUAUGAAGGCGGGCACAUCACGGGGGCAGUGAAUCUCCCUCUCGAACAAGACGUGGAAGAGUUCCUCCUUAAGAAUCCGAUUGUGGCGAGCAGUGAGGAUAAAAGAGUGAUCAUCAUCUUCCAUUGUGAAUUCUCCUCGGAGCGAGGCCCCCGCAUGUGUCGUUUUGUCAGACGACAUGACAGGAACAGCAAUGAAUACCCGAAACUUCACUACCCCGAGCUGUAUGUGCUAAAAGGAGGCUACAAGGAUUUCUUCCCCAACUACCAGACCCUCUGCGAGCCGCAGUCCUACCGCCCCAUGUAUCACAAAGACUUUAAGGAACACCUGAAACUCUUCCGUUCCAAGAGCCGCACAUGGGGAGGCGACAGGAGCAAACGGGAAAUCUACAGGCAGCAGAAGAAGAUCUAACCUGGCGGCGUCCGGGAAUCCAUUGUCCCAUCGGUCGGAAUCUCCUUCAGGCUGGACGCCCAUCUCUGAACUUUUUAUUACCGUCGACCUCAUUACAGAGAAUGGACCCCCCCCAGGCUGAUGGAUCCGCCAUCUUGUAUGUGGAGACAGGACGUCACCUGCCCAUGGUGUCCUGCACGAAUCAAACACUUGAUGAUGUCUCCACCUUUACUAUAAGGACGACUUCUUCUUAUGGCCUCAAUCUGUAUGUUGUGUUGUGUUGUUGUUUUGUGUGUAUAUUUUUUGUUGCACUUGCACUUUUAUCAAGUAUUACAAGGUGGUUGCAGCCGCUCCUGCUUUGCACGAUCAGUCAGGCUUCACGCAUUGCCGCCAUCUUCCUCAGGAGAAGCUUACUUUGUCCUUACCCCUGAAUAAGGAUCAAGGGCGCUGUCCUCUGUUUGUUUUUUAUUUUUUUUGUUAUUUUUGGUUUUAUAGUCAAAAAUUAUAAUUUUUUUUUCUAUAUA